AUGCCUGAAGACGAUACAGUGGAAAUUAAAACAAAUACGAAGUAUAAGGAUGGUGUUAACCGCAAUGCAAGGCUUAUUAUACGUAAUAUAUCCUUCAAAGCGACAGAAGAAACGUUGAAAGAGCAUUUUUCGAAAUUUGGUAAUGUUGAAGAAGUUAAAUUGCUCAAAAAACCUGAUGGAAGGCUUGUGGGUUGCGCUUUUGUACAUUUCACACACGUGCCAAUGGCAAAUAAGGCUAUGACUGAAACAAAUAAAAAGCCAUUUUUGGGCAGACCUAUUUAUGUGUCUUGGGCUGUUGCUAAACAUAAAUAUGAAGGAGAAGUUCCCAAUAAGGACAUAAAGCUUAGAACUGUUAGUUUUUCAUCAGAUGGUGAAGCUGAAGACUCAAAACCAGAGGAAAAAGUUCGAGAAUAUACCAAAAAACAACCUAAAAAGGAAGAAAAUAAAGUCAGGAUAAAUAGAAAUGCUCGGCUUAUAAUCAGGAAUGUUUCAUUUAAGGCUACAGAAGAAUCUUUAAAAGAACAUUUUGAAUCAUAUGGACAAAUAUUAGAAGUUAAAUUAUUAAAAAAACCAGAUGGAAAACUAGUUGGAUGUGCUUUUGUGCAUUUCAAAAAUGUUCCAAUGGCUAAAAAGGCUCUUUUGAAUACAAAUAUGAAGCCAUUUUUGGGACGACCAGUAUCAGUAGAUUGGGCAGUGGCUAAAAACAAAUACAUGCAACAUGUUGUAAAUCAGCAAUUUGAAAUGGAAGAGAAUGUGAAGAAAGAAGAUUCUGACAGUGACAAUGAGGAGCAACCCUUAAAUAUAUCGACUGAGGAGGUCAAAGAUGAAAUCAAAAGUGAAUCAGACCACAGUGAAAAUGAUGAUGAAUCAGAUGAUGAAAAGCCUGAAAUUGAUACCGACAGUGAUGUUGAGGACAGUGAAGAUGAUAAUGACAAAGGAGAUGACGAUGAGGAUGAUGAUGAGGAAGAUGAAGAUAUAAAGGAUGAAGAUGAGCAAAGUGUUACAAGCACACAGCCUGAGUGGCAACGGACCAAAUUGAAUGAUGCAGAGGAUGGUUGCACUGUGUUUAUAACAAAUGUGCCAUUCAGUGUUGACAAUGACCAGCUCCGACAGUUUGUGGAGCAAACGGGGCCUGUAAAGUAUGCACUUGUGUGUGUUGACAAACUAUCGGAACAUUCAAAGGGAUCUGCCUUUGUUAAGUUUGUGAACCAAGCAGAUGCAGAUAAAUUUCUGUCACUCCCACCAAGUGAAUUGCGAUUAGAUGGACAACUGAUGUUGGUAAAACCUGCUCUGAAGAGAGAAAAUCUGGUCAAAGACAAGAAGCAACCCAAAGAUAAUAGGAACUUGUAUUUGGUUAAAGAAGGAGUGGUUGUGGCCGGUACAAAAGCUGCUGUCGGAUUGUCAGCAUCAGACAUGGCAAAACGACUGGCUUUGGAGAGGAGCAAGACACAGAUGCUCAAGAAUUUAAACAGAUUUGUAUCUCGGUAUCGUCUAGUGGUCUCCAACCUGACUCCAAAUUACACAGAUACAACAUUACGCAGUCUUUGUAAGCGGUUCUCGAGUAAGAAUGCGGUGAUCACCGAAUGUCGGGUGAUGAGGGACCUUCGAUCACCAGUUCAGAAGGAUGGCCGGCAUCCUUCAAAAGGCUACGGUUUCGUGAUGUUCACACGACACGAGGAUGCUUUGGGCUGCCUCAGAAAACUUAACAAUAAUCCAGACGUUUUUGAUAAAAAUAAUAGACCAAUUGUUUCAUUUUCAAUAGAAGAUAGAACAGCUUUGAACGCAAGAAAGAAGAGGUUAGAAAAGUCAAUAGCAAAUAAUCCGUUAGCGAACAAGGACAAUACAGAAGAAAAAGGAAAGAAUAGGAAACGUAAAAGGCCGUCCGUUCCAGACGAAAGUUACGUGAAAAAAGGCAGAUUUGAAAAGAAAGAUGUUAAUGAGAGUGUUGGAAAGUUCGUUAGAAGACAAAAAAACGUUGAAAUGGAAGAGUUCACAGGAUUAACAGCUAAAGCAGGAGCGCCGCAUAAAAUGAGAAAUAACCAUAAACUAAAGAUGCAAGAGGAAGUUCAUAAGCAAAACGUAAAAAUGGAAAAGAAAAAGAAUGGCAAGUCAUGGCGGUUGAAAAUGGCGGCUCGAGAAAGAGUAAAGCAACCCAAACAGAAGAUCAAUAAGAGUAAGAUUGGAAAGAGAAAUAAAAAGAAAAAUAUUAAUAAUAUUAAGGACCUUAUACGUUAG